UUUCAAAUUGCAUCUAUGUAUCUGAUACGUAACAAAAUGAGCACUUUGGAAUUGAAUGGUAGUGAGAUGGGCGUUGGAAGCUCGAAGCCAGUUAGAACGUCUGAGGAAACGAUCGGCGAUGUCUAUUCGAUCAAGUCUGAGGAUAAUACCAACUUCGAUGGCUACGAGGAUAUAUUGGCUGCACAGGGUGAUGAUACUUCUUCAGGCUACAUUAAUUUUCUGAGGGAUUAUAUAAAGCGCUAUGGCGAUUUUUACACAUGUGAGGGGUUGGUGCUGGGAGCUAGAGAGCGAUGGGCCGAUAUGUCCUUUCGCCACCGAUGCGAAUACUGCGCGAACCCAGCUGAACUGUUGAAGCUAAAAUGCGGUGAUGGCGAGAAUAUGGAAUAUGAAGACGAUGCUCCCAGGGACAAUUUCUUUGGUGGCCGCAACGUUACCGGCGGUAGCGAUAAUGUUUGUCACAAAAAGCGGGCGCCCAGGUGCUGUAAACCCAGGAAAAGUUGCGCCAAACCGAAGCGCAUGAAGAGUUGCGCCAAACCGAAGCGCAUGAAGAGUUGCGCCAAACCGAGGCCCAGGAGCAGGGCUGCAUGUCCCAAGCCCAAGUGCAAGCCUGCUUGUGCCAAAGCCAGGCCGAGGUGCCCCAAGCCCAAGCCAAGGUGCUCCAAGCCCAAGCAGAGGUGCCCUAUGUAAUAAUAGGUCCAUACGCCUCCCCCCUUUGCCCCUCCCCCCCUUUAGGCCAUCUUUCUAAGACCAGAGAUCAGACCAAAAAUUAAGAAUGCUUGUUGGCAGUGCUGGAAUCAUUGAAGUUGGAUAACCUCCAGGGAACCAGGACCUCGAGAUAACGGAGCCCCAGUGAUUCCCCCCGCUAGGGAGCUUUAACAGAACCGAGGAACGUGGUUCUCGUGCCAGGAAGGCCCAAGUUCGAAUUCUCAAGGCCAUUACAUCAAGCAAAUGUAGUUUCGGACAAUAAAGGUGUAGUCUGAUCGAAAAAA